CCCUUCCACUUGACGCUUCCAAAGCAGCACAGCUGCUAUCUAUAGAGCGACUCUAUUUUCAGCCCAUGCAGACUGGUCGCAAUGGAACUCUCACAAACCGUUUGUUUACUGGUCACAAAUGGGGAUAAAUCUACACUCGAGUGACACAUUUUCCAAAGGGAUAAAAAAGACCCUUACUAAAGAUCAUGGACGAUCCCGAGGGACCACGAGUCUUUCAAGUGGAAAAUGCGUCCUUUGAUCUGGUUGAGAAAGAAGAGGCUGGCUGGGUGAGGGUGAAAGUGGAGGAGAGCUGGUUCACCGAGGAGAGGAUCUUUCUAGCGAGGCACAGCAACUACUUCUCUGCGCUCUUUCAGUCUGGGAUGCUUGAAAGUGAGCAGAAAGAGGUCUACCUUAAGGGCGGGGUGCAUGCAAGGGGUUUUCUUAUUGCCCUUGCUGUGUGCAAGGAAGAGAAUCCAACUAUCUGCGACCCGGACGAGCUCGUAGAUGCAGUGGAAUGUGCCGCUUUCCUGCAGGUGCCUUGUUUGACUGAUCAUCUGUGUGACAUCAUCGACUCGGACAACUGUCUCUUGCUUUACCAGGCAGCCCAUAUCUUCGGGCUGAAGGAACUCUUUCACGGCGCCGCUUUGUUCCUUUGCGAUACCUACGAGGACUUGAGAGAAACAGCAGAGGCAACAAUCCCUGAAGACCUGCUGCGGUAUUCCCAUUCGUUAUCCCCUGCGUCUUACAUUGCAAUCGGUACCCAUUCUCCCUCAAUGGAACAGCUCCGUGACAACUUCAGGAUCGUGUGUUACCUCGAUGAGAAGGAAGGAGAAUGGAAGCAUCUCACAAACCUCCCCACCCUCUGCAGCACGUCCAUGGCCGGCGUGGCGGUGCUGGACAACCGUUUGUACAUCGUAGGGGGAGUUUUUGGUUAUGGAAAGGACACGCUGGACGGUGGCUUCUGCUUUGACCCUGAAUCAGGGCUUUGGACCGCUCUUCCGGGACCGCAACAACCGAGGAAGGACUUUACUUUCUUGGGACAUGAAGGGCGACUGUAUGCCAUUGGUGGUGAGUUCCAGAAAAGAUGUGUGGCCACAGCGGAGUGUUAUGAUCCUCAGAAGGGCCAGUGGACUUUAAUACAACAAGCACCAAGGCCGGUAACAUCCGCCGCUUGUGCUGUUGCAAGGCGCCGGAUGUUUAUUUGCUUCUGGAAGUCACCUGACACCACAGACAUCUACGAGUAUACACCGCUUAAAGACGAGUGGAAACUCGCGACCACCUUGACCAGACAUCUAAGCUACGGCCACUGUAUGGUCGCCCACAGGGACAAUUUGUACGUGAUGCGCAAUGGGCCUUGCGACGACUUCCUCCGCUGUCUCAUGGACUGUUACAAUAUCACCACAGGACAAUGGACAGCCAUGCCUGGACACUACAUCAACAGCAAGGGGGCACUGUUCACCGCAAUGAUUAGGGGGGACUCUGCGUUCACUGUGAAACACAUGCUAACGCUUGAAUACACCAUCAGUGCACAAGAGUGGAAGCCCCGAAGGCAGAUGAAGGGUUUUCCAAAGAGUGGAUCACUUUGGACGUGUUUACUUAGGCUUCCCAAGACAAGACCAAUAGAACCACAGGUUGAUGCACAGGGGGAAAAAAGGAAAUGCCUUUGAAAGACGGGAAGGAGGGGUUUGUCGAUGAUAUUCUGUAGGAAUUUGCAAAUUGCAUAUUGUCAAACACUUGCUUAGCGGUAGCUGCUCUCUUGGAGAACUUGUUCAACCCAGCAGGUCUCUUUGUGUUCCUGGAGUGAUAUGUGGACAAUGUGUUUUAGCUUAUCCAGGAGUUAAGUAUGUCCAGGAUCCACUUCAGUCCUCAAACAUUUUUAUAGUUUUACAUCCUUGGGGAAGUAAUAGCUUACCGUUCUCGGGGGCGGCAGAUUUGGAAGGCUCUUCUGUGGGACAGGCGCAUGUUUGCUCGCUUUUCCAUUGACCAAGUCAUCUGUUCUGUCAUCUAGGAUGUUAAAAAGUAGGAUGUUAGUGAAUGUCAGUAAUACGAGCUUAGACUCCAUCAACUCAAAUAAACACACAGGAGAAAAUAAUAAGUAAUUUACGGAUGUCCCACAUCAGAGAGUGGAUAGUCAGACGGGGUCACAUUGAGUGGUUUUGAAACGCUUUGAUUUUCAGACUAAUAAAUACCGCCGUACCAGA